AGGAUUAUUAUUAUAGGUCAGUCGUUAAUUAACAACUUCAAAGUAAACAUAUUUUGAGAAUUUGCUUCAAGAAAAAAUUUGUGGGUUUGUGAAAUUUUUAACGUUUCCUGGAAAUCUAAAUACUACUUUGCGUCUUUGAAAUGGGUGGAGAUAUAGGGAGUCAGAUGUGGGUCACGUAUGCCGGGGACGACACCGAGGCCAUGAAGUGUAUCGGCCUGGGACGCUCGCUCAAGCAAACUCUGACCACGAGAUCGCUUGGGGUAAUUGUGUCUGACCGUGUUUCGAAGGCGAUGGGGGAGUUAUUGGAAUCCGAAUUUCAAUGUUGCCGUCGUAUCAGCUCAGAAAGGAGAAGUGAGGAUGGAAAAAAUUUGGAAUUCCGCUCGUUAGCAAAACUUCACGCUCAACAAAUUCCUCAACUGAAAUGCAGCGUGUUUCUGGACUGCAACUGUCUUGUGUUGAAAAACUGUGACUCCAUAUUCCGACAGAAUGGGGUCCAGUGGGUCAAUGCUAAUCGCGCUCCGUAUGCGGCUAUAGUUAUCGACUCAAAAUUUGGCAACAAGACUGGUCAUGGCAAUAUGACGAACAUGAUAGUUGAGAUUGAAAAUGAUAAAAACUUUGCAAAAAAAUCUAUUAUUGAACUGGAGGAAAUUUACGGGAGACUUAUCUACUGCAUUGAGUCUGAUGUUUCUAGCGCAUAUCCGCAACCUUGUGGUGGCGACGAUGUAAAGAUGGCAUGGUUUCCAAAUUCUGGCCACCCAAUGGGGACAACGUGCAAGACAAAGGAAAGUUUCCAAAGCGAGCUAACCGAAUACUGGAAUUCACUCGUACUUUCUUCCACUUCUUAUGGCACACUUCGAGAACCUCUUUCAAACAAAAACCAUCAGUUGUCGACGUCAUUGUUGAAUGACUCUAUUGCAAUCGUAGGCAUGGCGGGUCGAUACCCGGGAGCGAAUAAUAUGGACGAGUUUUGGUCGCUACUUGAAAAUGGGAGGGACGGAAUGUCGCGUGUUCCAGAGUGGAGAUGGACAAAUGAAAAUGCCGUCAUCAUGAUGGAUGAUGUCCGUAAAACGGAAGCUGGAUUCCUUUCCUGCCCGGUUGAUAAAUUUGACGCAAAAUUCUUCACCACAAAUCAAUCCGACUUGGGAUACCUUGACCCUCAGCAACGUCUGGCACUCAAAGUUGUAUGGGAGGCAUUGGAGAAUGCUUGCAUUGAUCCAGCUAAGUUAAGGAACACACUCACGGGAGUAUUUGGAGGGUGGUGGAGAACAGAUUUUAAGGAAAUGUUACAUUUUCAAGGAAUUAAUGGCACCGAUUUUUUGCGUGUGUACAUGGGUAACGCUCUCGGACCAUUGACUGCAAGGAUUUCACACUUUUUUGAUCUGAUUGGCCCCGCCCUUUCGACUGAGAGUGCCUGUUCUACCUCAAUUGCUGGUGUUGAUAUGGCUUGCGAUAGUUUGAAAAACGAGAAUUGUGAUUAUGCAAUUGCGGUGGGAGUGAAUCUACUCCUCCACCCAUUCCCUCCAGCUGAUGGAGCUAUGGAAGGAAUUCUUUCUCCGGAUGGAAGAUGCAAAACAUUUGAUUCCACGGCAAACGGAUUCGGACGUUCGGAAGGAGUAGGGGCUCUAAUCCUGAAAAGAUUUCCUGACGCAAUUUCUGCUGGCGAUCGGAUUUGGGGACUGAUUCGUGGAUCCGCAAUUGUACAAGAGGGAUCAUCACGAAGCAUGGGGAGGCCUACAGUCGCGGUUGAGGCCAAAGCCAUGCAGCUUGCUCUCGACAGGGCUGGAGUAGACCCAAAUGAUAUCAAAUUUGUAGAAACUCAUGGCACCGGUACCCCCGUUGGUGAUCCGAUAGAGGUUGCUGCAAUUGCUCAAGUAUAUGGUGGAAGGAAUGUGGAUGACCCACUAAUCAUAGGAUCCGUUAAAACAAAUAUCGGGCAUACUGAAUCUGUGUGCGGUAUAGCCAGCAUUCAGAAAACCGUGUUGUCAAUGAAAUACAAUCUCAUACCAAAGCACCUACACCUUAAAGAUCUUCAUCCCGAUAUUGAUAUUGCAUCCAUUCCGGCAAUUAUCCCGAUCGAAAACGUUCCGUGGCCUAGUGGGGGUAACUCAACCCCGCGCAUUGCUGGUGUUAACUCCUUUGGAUUCACAGGAGCUCAGGCACACGUCAUUGUUCAGGAACCACCUGAAAUACAUUGCAACGAUUUCCAGGAUCUAAGGGACACCAGAGAGCUUAGGAUGCUAACCUUUUCAGCAAAAACGGAGACCUCGUUGACAGAGCAGAUACGUGCAUAUUCAACAUACCUUAAUGACUGCAAUUCUAAUCUGAAUGAUAUCGAAUAUUCCAUGCACAUUGGCCGAUCACAUUUUCCCUUACGACAAGUGGCCUUAGGAUCUACCAAAGCAGAACUUAUUGAUGCCAUGAAAAGUUUUAAAGCUGCAAGUCCUUCUUCGAAAGUUAUCAAAAAGUGCUUCCUAUUCACUGGGCAGGGCUCGCAAUACAUUUUAAUGGGGAGACAGCUAUAUGACACCAGCGUCAUAUUCAGGUCAAACUUUGACAGUGUCGAAGCUAUUCUUAUCCAUAAAUAUGGAUUCUCGAUCAAGCAAAGCUUAUGGAAUUCAGACGGUGACGAUUUCAAUUUGAAAUCAACUACGGCAAGUCAGACUUCAAUAUUCUGCAUAGAAAUUUGUCUCCUUCGGGUUUGGCAGUCUUGGGGUAUUACACCUGAUGCUGUCCUUGGCCACAGCUUAGGCGAGUUUGCUGCCAUGGUGGCUGCCGGAAUGCUUACUGUGGAAGAUGCCUUGAAAUUGGUUGUAACAAGAUCCAAGCUUAUCGAUGUCCUACCAUCGUCGUCAAUGUUGGUUGUUGCGACUAGCUUGCACAGUGUUUUGUCAUAUCUUGAAAAGGCAGGAAUGCAGAAGGAUGGAACUCACUGUCUGGAUAUUGCUGCUGUAAACUCAAUCGGCCAAACUGUUGUUGCUGGAGACACCAAACUCAUUGAUGGCUUCAGAGAAUUUUGUGUUAAUAACGGGGUAGUGACCCACAAAUUAGAUUCACAACACGCAUUCCACUCUAGGCACAUGGAUGGAAUGUUGAAAAAAUACGAGGAGGUUGCUGCGGGAGUGGAAUUUCAGCCAUCCCAAAUUACCUACAUUUCCGCGGUCGAAGGAAAACCCAUUUCUAUUAUUGAUGUCAACUACUUAUUGAGGCACACGAGGGAACGAGUUAAUUUCCUAGACGCCACACAACACGCCAUAAACGAGGGUUACAAUUUAUUCCUUGAACUUGGACCACACCCUGUGCUAUGUCCACUUGUUCUGAUUAACGGAGACGAGUUAACAAGUGAACUGAGGGUCCUACCAUCAAUUCGCAAGAAUGCACCUGAUUGGUCCACAAUCCUAUCAUCCUUUGCCCAACUUUAUUCCUUAGGCACAUGGGUAAAUUGGGAGAAUUUUCACCGUUUUUCUGCGGCAAAAAAGAUAGACUUGCCGGGGUAUGUAUUCGAGGAGAAAUCGCAUUGGAUGACACUCCAAGAUAAAGGGUCCUAUCCCUUCCAUCCUCUCCUUGGGUCAUACUUUCCAAACCCCUCAGAAAAUACGAUUUUUGAAUCUAAUGUGAACGUCCAACGCUUGCCAUUUUUGAGGGACCAUGUGAUUAUAGACAAGAUUAUCUUUCCAUGUGCGGGAUAUGUCGACAUGUGCAUGACUGCAGGCUUCGCGGACGUUAAAUGUGAAGAAGGGGCGUACAUAAGGCCAACCUGUCCCAUUGCAGUUACUAAUUUUGAGAUAUCGACUCCAGUUUGCUUAAGUGAAUCACAAGGAACAGAUUUUCAGGUCGUUGUUUCUAAGAAUAACGAAGGUGAUGUUGUAUCUACGAUUUAUUCUCGUCUGCAUUUAGAAAAAUCAAAAUUCAAAUGGGUUAAAAACGCCUCGGCCAGAUUUGAUGCAAAUCCAUCACCAGCAGAUCCAAACAUAUUAAAUUUCGCCGAGAUUCGGUCCAUGAUUUCCGAGCCAGUAAAACUAUAUUAUGACUACAAAGAACUAUUUGAAGCUAGCGAGCUGAGACUAGGCCCCUCGUGUCAAACUGUUUCAAGUGAAGGAUGGAAACAUCCUGAAAAUGAUUCUGAAUAUCUAUUUCCAUUCAAAUGUUACGAAACUCAAGACGACUUGGACCGCUUUAUAAUUCAUCCAUGGAUUAUUGAUGCCUUGAUUCAAGCAAAAUCUUAUAUAUUAGCUUAUCGGCGAAGAAAUGAAAUGACCAAGACGAAACUAUUGGUUCCCGUUCAGAUAGAGAAGUUUGUUUGGUGGAAUCACUCUGCAUCGUCGGGAUAUAUAUUGAUAAAACUCAACAAUAAUAAUAACGAAGCUCAUAUGUACGACGAUACGGGUAGACUCAUGGCUUCUUUAAUUGGCCUAGAAAUUGUACAGGCUUCGCUACAGAGCAUAAUGGCUUUGAUCGACUCUCAUCGAAGUUUGUAUCCAAUGAUGGCAGAGUGUGUUUGGAAUGAAACUAUGGGACCAGCGGAUAGGCGAAUCUCAGAUAUAGAACGGGGGACAAUUUCACUUCGCAGAAUUGUUGAAUCAGUGCCGGUGUGCACUAAAUUUACGGAAGCCGAAGAAUCCUUCUGUAACAGUUUGAAAGAAUCGACAUGUCUCUACAUGUUGAAGGCCUUGAUUGAUCUUGGAAUAAACGAUUAUACGUCCUUUAGCUGGCCUAAUAUUACAGAAAAACUUAAAGUUGUUAAAAACUUUAGUAAUUUUCUCCGUUAUAUUUUAUUGGAAUUGGUCCAUGAUGGGUAUUUUGAAUUACAAGUUGGACAACGAUCUGGUGAUCAAGUGGUUUGUUUUAUACCGCAACAAUGCCAUCAAGCUCAACAAUUGGAAUACAUUUGUACACGAAUUUCAAAACUGGAAGACACGGUUCUCGCUACACAUCCCGAACUGGCCAAUGGAGAUAUUAAGAAUGCCAAGAAGGUAUGGGCCAAUCUGGCCAAAAUCUUAACCGGUGAAAUUUCGUUGCUCGAUCUACUGGAUGAUAUGCCUGAGGAUAAACCGGGGGAAGGUCUAGAAGAAAUUAGCAAUACAAGGUCUUUGCUUACCACCAAACGAGAAACCCUAAAUCCAUUAACUUUCGCACUGUUAGGAAAUCUUUCGCAACUUGGAACAAAACCAGUCGUCCGAAUUCUAGAAGUAGGAAGUGGAGAAGGUGGGGUCGGCAGUGGAACAAUUCAAUUAAUUAAAAACGUUACUGACAUUGGAGUAGCAUGUUUUGAUUACACCUAUACAGAUCUGUCUUCCGUGUGUUUGAACAAAGGUAAAGAAUUAUUCGAAGGUACCGAAAUCUCACCCAAUUUUGCAGUCUUGGAUAUAAACGAGGACCCAUCAUCCCAGGGAUUUAUUCCACAACAAUACGAUGUCAUCUUGGCGUCAUGGGUCCUUCGUGCUAGCAAGGAUCUACAGAAAUCACUGAAUAAUCUAAUACUUCUUCUCAAGCCUCAUGGUUACUUAAUCUUGGACGAACUUGUAAAACCGUGCAGAGAAGUUAAUCUAACAUAUGGUGGCUUGGAUAGAUUUUGGAUUUUUGAGGACUUAGCACGUCGCCCUUGGAAUUGUGAACUUGCGCUUGAAGGAUGGCGGGACCUUUUACAAACUUCAGGAUUUUCAGAGAUUGUUGAAGUUGAAACUUAUGGAGGUUUUAACGCAUUGAUUAUGGCAAAAUUGGGAAGCAAAACUGCUUGCUCCGUUAUAAAUUCCGGACCAAUUAUAGCGUCUUUAGGCCCAACUUGGCUCUUAUUUGGCGAUCAUGAAGAAGGCUCGCUUACCUUAAAAAUUAAGCAACGGCUUCUAAAUAUUGGACAGAAUUGCGUUAUCAUAGUUCGUGAUGACGUUACACCAGACACAAACUCCAAUAUCUGCAAAUAUAUAGCAGCCCACACAGAUAGUAUUGUUGGAAUAAUUUUUAUGUGGGGAAUGGAACCUGGUUUAAGCUACCGGCAGAUAUGCGAACCCUUCCUCUACAUAUGCAAGCACUUAGCCGAAACUUCAAUCCCAAAUCCUCCAAAAUUGAUUACAGUCACUUGCGGAUGCAUGUGUACUAGUUCAAAUGAUUGCAUGACUAGCAUACCUGACUCCUCCCCAAUUGUUACGAUGGUACAAGUUCUAGGAAAUGAAAACAACGACUACAGAUGCAAAGCCGUGGAUGUUGAUUAUAGUGAAAAUGUUGAGGAUGAAAUAUUCUCUGAGCUGUUUCACUGGGAUUCCGAAACAAUGGUUGCCUACAGGAGAGGAAAACGUUGCGUUCCUCGCUUAGUUAACUACAAAGUGAAAAAUACGUCAAUCGAGAUACCUCGUACAGAUAAAACUAAGCUAGUUAUUCCACCAACAUUUGACAUAGCCGACCUUCAUUUUGCUGCAUUAAAAACUGAACCACUUACUGAAGGACAGGUCGAAGUGGAAAUCAAAUCCUACUCAAUUAACUUCUUGGAUGUCUUAAUGGUAACAAAACCAGAUCCUGCUUUCGAUUCAAUUAACCAGUUGGGUAUAGAUAUUGCUGGAGUUAUUACAAAAGUGGGGCCUGGGUGCAAAACCUCAAAGGUUGGAGACCGUGUUACUGUGCUUCGCCGAACAGGAGAUCCCCUUCCAAGCCAUUUUAACGCCCUGGAAGAGUUUGUCCUCCCAAUACCAGAUUUUAUGACCUAUAAUGAUGCAUCAACUUUCCCAUUGUCAGCACUAACUGUUUUAUAUGCACUCUCAUAUCUGUACAAGACGUCGAAAGAAGAUAUUUUACUUAUCCAUACAGCAUCAGGCGGGGUGGGCCUCAUUGCUAUUCAGCUGGCCCAGCAGAUAGGGUGCACGAUUAUUGUGACUGCUGGAAGUGAAAGAAAACGAAACUACCUAAAAACAUUAGGACUGAAAUAUGUGUUUAAUUCAAGAACGACUGAAUAUCAGUAUGACAUCAGAGCUUCACUUCAUGGACGAGGGGUUAGCGUUGUUCUUAAUUCAUUGACUGGAACUGGAUUUAAAGAAGCCACGUUAUCUGUUUGCGACCAUGGUGCCACAUUUAUUGAAAUGAGCAAAAUAAAUAUCUGGAGCAAGCGAGAAGUUCAAGAACUAAGAGAAGACAUAAGAUAUGAAAUUAUCGAUGUUUCUGCACUUCCCUUGAGCGAUCUAAGACCCAUUACAGAUGAUUUAAGAACACAGUUCACUGGUGGACUCGGAGACAAGCGGUGCCCAUUACCACUUCCCUAUACUUGCUUCGAAUCAUCUCGUAUUAAAGAGGCUUUGGAAUACGUUGAGAACGUGAAACAUGUUGGAAAGGUUGUAAUAACUAUGCCAGAACUGAACAAGAACGGUAUACCAUCGUACAAGAUGUUUUACGACGAGGCCACUUAUCUAAUUACUGGUGGAUUGGGGGGAAUUGGGCUGGAAGUAGCGAAAUGGAUGCUAAAUUCCGGGGCUAAAAAACUUAUUCUGAUUGGCCGCAGUUCGCCUACCCCGGAAGUAAGCCACUCCCUAAACAACUUACGUCAAGAUGGAAUAACCAUUACCGUCCGACAAUGUGAUGUCAGUGAUUUUGAGCAACUGCAAGUGCUAAUAAGGGAAGUACCCGGAAAUUAUCCAAUCCGGGGAAUAAUUCAUGCUGCUGGGGUCUUGGAUGAUGGACUAUUAGAGAGUCAAACUUGGGAAACAUUCGAGAACGUGUACAAAGCAAAAGUUAGAGGUGGCUGGAAUCUACAUAUGGCAAGCUUGCAACUGAAAUUCCCUUUGGAACACUUUGUAGUUUUUUCUUCAAUAACUGCAACCCUAGCUGCGCCGGGACAAUGCAACUAUGCAUCAGCCAAUUACUAUCUAGAUUCACUGAUCAAUUAUAGAAAUUGUCUGGGAUUACCAGGCUUGACCAUCAACUGGGGACAAUGGGGUACUGUUGGAAUGGCUGCAGAUACAAAACAUGCGUUCAUCAAACCAUUUACAGUUCAUCAAGGGAUCGCAGCAUUGGAGGAUGCAAUGAAAUCUCACAAAACUCAAAUUAUCCCAUACGAGGGAGAUAUGGGUUCCGCUAAAAAGGUUUUGGCUUCUGCCAGAGGUUUAUUGUCAAAUAUUAUGGACUCAUCAGAAGCAUCCGUUCUUCAAAUUGACGGUGAACAAUUUUGGAUAGAGUAUGAUUUAGCAACUGGGGUGGCUGAACGCAUGGACAUUUUGUCAAAAUAUAUCAAACAGAUUAUACGGAUUACAUUAAAAUUGAACGAAAGCGAAAAAAUUGAUGAUCACGCAAACUUCCAAGAUCUCGGUUUGGAUUCUUUGAUGAUGAUUGAGAUGAAGAACGGAUUGCAAUCAUCGGUGGGAAAACGAGUCAAAAUCUCAAUUAGUUCCGUGAAAGACUGUAAAACGGUUGCAGAAUUAUCCACUCGUUUAGUUGAUCUUAUCUCUGGAAAUAAACCUAUGGAUAUCUUGACACGAGAUCAGCUAAAAGACUUGGUGUAUAAUGAUGCAACGUUGCCAGACAAUAUUCAAGUAGAUAGCGAUCUUGCAUUGACACUGUGCCCAAUAACCAAAGUCGCCACGGUUUUGAUAACUGGCGCAACAGGAACCCUUGGCCCCUACAUAUUACGCGACUUACGGCAUCAGUAUCCAUCGAUUCAAAAAGUCUAUUGUCUGAUGAGACCCAACUCUCUACUCUCGACUGAUGAUCGCUUCUAUCGAUAUUUAGAAGAGAAAAAUCUACUUUCUCGCCAAGAGCUGGAAAACUGGGUAGAAACAAUACCUGGCGACGUUGGAAAAGAAUUAAUGGGCAUGAAUCCCACCACAUAUUCAAAAAUCUCGAGUGAAGUUGAAGCUGUGUUUAAUUUAGCAGUUAGUCCGGCGCAACCAGAAACAUACAAUGACACUAAAAGCCUGCAUAGCAGUAGAAUGGUCAACGUGCAGGGCUUCAAAUUCGUGCUCGAAUUUGCUGUGUCGAAUAGGCUGAAAUAUAUCUACCAGGGCUCAACCAUAGCAACGGAGCAAGAACUGGAUAAAGACGAAAUUUAUAAGGAAACUUGGCCUAGUUUGAAUCAAAUUGACCAAUUUCCCGACUCUGCCUACAUAAUUUCUAAAUUGAUUGCCGACAACCUAGCUGAACAAGCGGUUAAUCGUGGUGUUCCUUGUAAAGUGUUUAGGAUGCCCAAUAUUGGAGGGGACAGUCAAAUCGGUGGAAAUGUACCACUUGAAAGCUUUCAAAUUAUGCGCUUCUUAACCUAUAUGCAACUAGAAGUUAUGGCUGCCGUUAACGUCCCGCUAUGCAUGAUGCCGGUCGAUCUUUGCGCAGAAUACUCGCUAAGGUUGUUCUUUAUGGAGGACGCACCGUAUGAAAUGUACAACGUAAUUAACCCAGAGUUAGGUGAUGAACGUGAAUUUGACGAAUUAGCCAAAGAACUAGGAGUGAAUGUUGAUGUGCUGGAACCAGAUGAAUUUCUCAGACGGGCGGUACACUUGAAGGACAAUUCCCCAAUGAAGGAAGUUAUCAACCAAGUGAUUGAGUAUGAGAGAGACCAUGUAACCGUUGUCGAAGAACCACCAGCUUCCUAUGUAGCCUUCCUUUCGGGAAAGAAAGAUGUUGCAUGGAGCAAAAAGUUGGCCAGAUUUAUUCCUGACAUCUACCCGUCCAAGAUAAUGCCCUCGUGGGACAUACUCCGUAACGACUUGACCAUGGCAAAGAAGACAGGCAUUUUUGAUAAAUAUGGGAUUAAUUAUGUGAAAUAAUGUUUUUAUCUCACGUGCUUUUUCGAUUUUAAUUGUCUAAGGUACCAAAAUAAUGCACGAUAUAGGUAAGUAGCACCUCCAUUAUAAACAUUUAAGAGUUUUAAGCAUUACUUAUUAAAUACUUGCCUAAAGGGAGAAUAUUUCUUUUUCAAUCGUUUGUCAUUAAAAAUUUGCUUGUAUAAAUACGUUAAUAAAUAAAUCAUGCGCGUUUAA